AAGAGUACAGCGAGAGAUUGACAGCAGAACAAGAAAGUCAGGACAAAACACCAUUAAAAUCCGGACUUAAAACUCGGUCCACUAAAGGACAAAACUCACACUUCAAUUUUUAUAGAUUAGAAACUAGAAAAAAAAAUAAAAGUAAAUUGAAAAGAAAAAAAAGGAAAUCUGGAAAUUAUCGUUGGACGUUUCCAGGCUUUUACUGUAAAAACCAAUCAUUCUCAUGCAUUGUUGCGUCGCCUCUCUUUCUCUUCCUUUAAAAGGCACACCCAACAACAAAACUCUACCCUUUCAAACCAAAGCUUUUUUUCUUCUUUUUUUUUUUUCCGUUUUCUCUCUCUUUUGCAAAGUUUUGCAAAUUUGUGGCAAUUUUGCAGGGGCUGAAUUAAACUGAAUAAAGAAGAGUUUGGCAGGGUUAAAUCGAUGUCUAGAGUGAGAGCCCACUAACAAAAAGUAGAAGUUCAUACAUCUGAGAGAGAAAGAGAGAGUACUGAAGCUUAUCUUUCAAUAUUUCUUUUACUUGAUUGUUGAUGAUGGCUUUCUUUUCACAUGGAGUAGCAAACAUUUAUUCCAUAUUUGCCUGAAACACCCGGCACUGUAGACAGAUACAGUUCUUUUGCAGUAAAAAAAAUGGCAGAGCAGUUGAUCGUGCCUGCUUUUGACUUGAUCAUGUGCUUUGCAUGCGGGUUAUUAUGAUGGGUAUCCAUUCUUGUCCUUGUUGAAGCAGUUGAUCGAAGAAACUGAGAUAGUAAAAGACAAGAAAUAUAGGGAAACCAAGUUUUUUGUUUAUUUUUUACUGUUCCGCCAUGGAGGCUACAGAGAUUUAGGAAGCAUUUCAAUGUCCCAGAGUAGGCGUUUUCUUUUCUGUUGAAAUUAAAAAGAAAAAAAAAACUUGCAUGGAUUUGUGUGUAAUGUUUGAGAGGGAUUUCCAGUAGAGUUUUAGCAGAAAACAGAGAACCCGUUUUACUUUUUUUUUUUUUUCGUGGUACCUACUUUUGAGUUUUCAACAUCUGAAGGUGGAUUUUUGUGACAGGCGCAAAUCAUUUCCAGCCUUCCAGGUGAGCUCAUGCCUUUUCUGACUUUCCAUCUCUGUCCUUUUAGUUUGGUGUUCCUUCUGCUUAAUUAAUCUGAUUCUUUCAUUUGUUUUUGGUUUCGUUUCAUAUUAAAAUUUUUGGGGGCUGAUAUAAAUCUGAUAAGAGGUAGAUAUGCUAAGGAAUAGGUCCAGAUCAGUGACCAGCAAGCAAGCUUUAAUGGCUGAUCACAGCUCUCAAUCAUCCCCUGCCCAGAAUCACACUAAACCAAUCCCAUCUUUCUUUGAUUCUCCAAGAUUUAAAGCUUUCACUACAAAUGGUCUCCCCGAGAAUGAUGCUAUCAAGAGUCCUACUUCAAUCCUUGACAACAAACCAUUCUUUCCUUUUGGUUACCCCUUUGGUUUUAACAUAAACCAGCGAAAAUCCCCAGAAGUUUUCUCACCCAAUAACAAACAGCACUCACCUAAGAAAUUAGAAUCAAAAGGUAUUGGUCUUGCUAUAAUCGAUACAUUCAAUGAAAAGCCAAUUGAGAAUAAGAGUUCUCGGGAGACAAGUAAUAACAAAGUGGUUUUGUUUGGGACCGAGCUCAGAGUUCAGAUACCUCCGCUCCCACCUUCUUUAAUUUAUCCAACUACUCCAAUAUCUCCAACCGAUUUUGGAAUCAAGAGCAGGAAUUCACAUUUAUCAUCAGCAUUUGGCUCUCCCAAUUCUGGUAUCCAUAUCAAGGAUUCUCCUCGGGUCUUCACUGGAUGUCUUCCUGUCAAGGAAAUGGAGCUGUCUGAGGAUUAUACAUGCGUGAUAUCUCACGGACCUGAUCCCAAAACCACCCAUAUAUUUGACAACUGCGUUGUUGAGAGCUACAGCAGUGUAUCGGAUAAGCCCAAGUCUCCACCAGAGAGUUUCCUGAGCUUUUGCCACACAUGCAAGAAGAAUCUUCAACAGAAAAUCGACAUUUACAUUUACAGAGGAGAGAAAGCCUUUUGCAGUCAGGAGUGCCGUUAUCAAGAAAUGCUCCUGGAUGGAGUGGAUAAUUAAGAAUUUCAUUUCAUCACUGCUUGAAGAAAUUAUUUUCAAUUGCGAAUGAUUGAUUCCAUAAACCAAAUAUUGUCUCAGUUCUUUUUUUCUUUUUUUUUAACCCUCUCCCCUGCAGAUAUAGAUAAGAGAGGAUGAAAUAAUGUAGACUUAAAUUAAUUUUGUUCAAGUAUUUAUAUGAUUGCCAAUGGCCUUUUGUUUUUUCCUACAAA